AUGUCAAAAGCGCAAAUCAAGAAUCCCUUCAACAACAUGUGUUACGUAUUGCGUGUUUUAAGCCAAUAUAGAUGCCAACAUAUCAUCCUGGAUCAUCGCCAGAAGGUUGACUGUAAUAGCAAUACUUGUUCGAAGAGCGCAUCGCACGUCCCCCGAGAGCACUCCUGCUUGACCGAGUGCACCCAACGGAUGGGAAACACUCAAGACCUUAUUAGACCCAAUCCAAACUUCUCCUGUAAUGCCUGCCAUUUGGCUGGAUUCUGA